AUGAAGAGAUUGUGGGCUAAGUAUCGACAAUCUCGAGAUGAAGAUCUUGAAGAGCUAUGUACAACUAAUGCUCUUGUGGUAGCAGCAGUCGCUGAAGCUUCCUCCGGAUCACAACGACGGGGUUCUCAACCGGGGCGUACACCGAAUGAGGAGCAGUUUAGGGAAUCAAGAGGGAAAGACAUGAUGGAAGAUUACUUUGUGGAGCGUCCGGUUUUCAGUGAAGAGAUAUUCCGGACAAGGUACAGGAUGAGUCACAAUGUGUUCAACCGCAUCUCCAGUGAUCUUUGUGGGGCAGAUCAAUGUGCUGAGUAUUGUCGGAUGGCAAAAUCUACCUCCAUUCAGGCUCUGAAACGAUUUACAAGAGGAAUCGUUAAUCUGUACUCGGCAAAAUACCUCCGGGCUCCUAAUCCGGCCGACCUCAGAAGACUUCUCACCAAAGCCGAGAGAAGGGGCUUUCCUGGAAUGAUUGGAAGCAUCGACUGCAUGCACUGGCAAUGGAAGAAUUGCCCAACAGGUUGGGCUAGAGAAUACAGCGGUCGAAAACAUGUGCCCACUAUCAUCCUCGAAGCAGUCGCUUCUUAUGACACUUGGAUCUGGCAUGCCUUCUUUGGAAUGCCUGGAUCAUGCAACGACCUCAACGUCCUUUCUAAGUCCCCGUUGUUUGACGAGGUCACUACUGGUCGAGCCCCUCGGGUCCAAUUUCAAGCAAAUAACAGGAUUCACAAUUUAGGGUACUAUCACGCUGAUGGAAGGAUGUCGAAAGAUGUUUCGGCAUUUUACAGUCGCGCUUUAGUAUUGUUCGAGGAGCUGCUCAUGGCUGGGAAAAAGAAGACCUUCGAUACUGUCACACCCCGAAUUUUGAAAUAA